UCCGGUAGAUAUACAGUUUAUUAAUUAUUUUCAAUACGCAAUCUUAAAAUUCUGCGCCUGUGCUUCUGCGUUCAAACUCAUCUGUGGAUAGAGUCUCCAUCUUAGAAAUCUACGAAAAUUUCAUGUUUGUUGGGUUUUGAAGGUGUCAAGAAUCACCUUACUUUUGCUGUUGAUGAAUUAGUCAUAUUUAGACAAUAAUUGGUUUCAAUAUAUAAACAAACUACACGUUUGCUACUGUGUACCACGACAAAUUAAUUCUGCAUAAUGGCAGACACUGUCAAUAUGUCUUUAGAUGAAAUAAUAAAACAAAACAAGACAAAAAGAGGAGGAUCAGCCCGUGGUCGUGGCGGUGGAAGAGGUAGAGGACGGGGUCGUGGUGGACGAGGUGCCGCUAACCGAGGGCGUUCACAAUCUCGAUCAGGAACUCCAAAUGGUCCACAGCGCUCACGCUCUCGUUCUAGAGGACCUAGAGGUGCAGCGCAGCCAAGGGGUCGGUCUCAAUCUCGAGGCAGAUCACAAUCCAGAAAUAGGUCUCGUUCACAGCAACGUCGUAGAUCAAAUUCUAGAGCAAGAUCAACAUCUAGAUCACGUUCCCAGAUCAGAGGUUUAACUCCUAAAGGAAGAGCCGGUCUGGAAAAACAAGAUAAUGAAAUGCCAAAACUUCUCAGAUUUAACAGAGCAAAUAGAGGUGGGUUUCAACUAAGGCGCUCUAAUUCUAUGUCUCGUUUGCAAAGUGGAAUACAUAGCAGACUGGGUUUGGUUAAUAGAAAGGGAAAUAUGACUAACAAUUUUAAACCCUUGGCUGUUGCUAAGCGUGGUAUUGCAAAACGAGGUCGUGGCUUUACAACAAGAAAUAAAUACAGUAAUGUAGGACUUAGAUCUGAUCAAAUUCUUCAAGAACAACAGAGAACAAAUGUCAUAAGAUCACAGACAUUCACUAGGUCCAGAAACAACUCAUUUAAUGGAUCUGCUUCUCAACUUACAGUCAGUGUAGCUAAUGAUUUUGUUAAAAGACGUAGAAACAGUGUUGGCAAUAGCAAUUAUUUAAGUAAGCAAACAUUAGCACAACUUAACAAUGAAUAUGGAGGUGUCCGCAAAAGAGGUGGACCAGGAAGUGCAAAAUCAGUAGGUUCAAACAGGUCAAACAGGUCAAAUGCAAGUAAAAGAUCAACACAGUCUCGAGGAAGAGGGAGAGGGAGAGGUAGUAAUCGUGGAGUUGGCAGAAAGUUUGUUAACAAACAAAUUCUGAACCCAAAGUUACAGCAAGAAAUUGCUGCUAUUCAAGGUAAAAAUUAUGGUAGUAACACAAGUGAAACUCCGGCAGGUGUAAAUUUCACACCUACUCCUGCUACAACACAACAACCAUUACAUCAGAGAUUUGCUAUGGCUUGAAGUAGAUCAAACUGAAUCUAUUAAGCUUGAAUUUUCAGUAAUAUAACAUAAAACUACUAUAUUCUGACAUCUGUAAUGUUUUUGUUUUGUACUAAACAUGUGUAAACUAAGUAAACAAGAUUUUUGUAUUAAAUAUUAACUACCUUUAAGCUAUUAUAGGUAGGUUAGGUCCUUAAUAGCUAACAGCUCAUUACUACAGAAACCUGAUAAAGAAUAUGUUAGUUAUAUAAGAGCUUGUAACUCACCUAAUAUAGAUGUAGUAUAUAUCUUUACCAUGCAAAAAUGUAAUUUCUUAUAGAUAUUGCAAUAUGCAGUGACUCACCUUUAAGUACAUACUGUAAAUUAUUGCUUAUUGUUUUUGUCUUAAAUUUAUAUAUUA